ACUUCUCAAGCAAUCUGGGCUUUACUUAUAAUAGGUCCAUUAGGUAUCCCACCCUUUCCCAGAUAGAUUUCACAGAUCCCAUGUGGUUAACACCUACAAGAAAGUAAAAUGGUCCAGCUGGAGACCCCAAUUCUAUAACAUAAUGAUGGUGAUCACAGCUUCAACAGUAAUACGAACCGUCAAUCAAGCUCCAUGCGAGAGAGGAAGUCUUUUUAUGAGUUGCUGGGCCAAUAUAAUCAGAGGACCUCUUUAUCGAAAAGCUCACAUCUUGAAGCAACUCAUGUGUCACUGACACUUCCAAACCAUAUAUCAAUGUCUCAAAUCAAUGUUAUGCCUGUGAAAGCUCCUAUUAUGAGUUUCAUGUGUUGUUUGCUAUUCUAAUACUGGAAAUUAAGAAAAAAAAUCACAAAAGAAACAAAGCUGCCAGAAUUUCGUUAAAGUUUCGACACAAGAUUUUGUCCUAAUUGCCACGAAUAGUAGUUUAUUCAACAACGAGGGUAGUUCUGUAAAUAAGAGAACAAGAUGAAAUGCCCAUCAAUGACACAUCACUUUCCUUUUAUUUGUGAUCCCAUGUGAGCAUCCCUCGAAGAAUGUGACCUGUCAAGCCAUAAACUAUGCAGAUUGGGACUGCUCAUUGUCUCUCAGUAAGCUUUUGCUUAUCUUGGUUUCUCUCCUUUCACUAGUACUACAAGUGAUUCUCAAGUUAUUUAUGGUAACGUCUGUUGGUUCUUAGCUCUUUAAUAUAUAUUGAUUGGAUGUUUUAAGCAGUUUUCAUGUGAUUUGGAGACAAGAUGAAAUCUUUGAGUAGUGUAGGGCUUGGUUUGAGUAUAGUUUUUGGUUGCCUUUUGUUGGCUCUUGUUGCUGAGCUCUACUAUUUGUUAUGGUGGAAGAGAAGGUUUGCUAACAAAGAGAUAGGAGAUGAUUACAGCAGCCCGGCAAGAGAGCUUUUUUUUAUGUUCUGUUUGAGAAAGCCGUCUUCUUUAAGGAACAAUCAAGAACUAUGUUCUUCAGUGAGAAUCACAGAUACACUUGUGCAUCAUGAUCAAGAAUCUCAGCUCAAUAUUAAUACAAGCAAAGAUUUGUUGCUCAGGCCCUUCAGUGAUGAUAACGUGGAGACAGAGCUCAUGAGGCUGCAUAGUCUCUCAGGUCCACCAAGAUUUCUUUUUACAAUUGUUGAAGAAACAAAGGAGGAUUUAGAGUCUGAAGAUGGCAGGUCUAGAGGUGAUAACAAGAGUGCAAAAGAAUCAAGAAGUAGAAGCUUGAGUGAUUUGCUUCUUACUGUGGAGACUCCAUAUCUAACCCCUCUUGCUUCUCCACCAUUUUUCACGCCUCCUCUUACUCCUAACUAUAACCAGAUUGGAUUCAACCAUCUCUUUGAAUCAUCAAAAGAUGCAGAGUUCAACAAGAUACGGUCAUCACCUCCUCCAAAAUUCAAGUUCUUACAGGAUGCGGAGGAGAAACUAUAUGCAAGGAGAUUGAUGCAAGAAGCUGAGGAGAUGGUCCCAAGGAAAGAUUGUUUUGCUCAAGAUUACACCAAAAGACCUACUAGUUCAAAUUUUCUAAAAGACGAGGAUGAUGGGCCUUUUAUCACCAUCAUUGUUGACAGGAACAAAGAAAGAGAGUUUAAUGAACAAAAUCACCAGCUAGCACACCACCCUUCAAGCAGUUCACAGGUACUUCCUCUUGUUGCUUCGCCUUCAACAUCAAAACCAGCAGCUAAGAAAAGUUCCUUCUUUCAUUAGAGCUCCGUGAUCAAGUUAAAUGAGAUAGUUUUUGUUUUUUUUUUCCUUUUCCCUGAAUAUUUCUAUUAAUCAACAUUAGUCUUCUUUUUAGGGCUUUUUUAUUUUCAUUUUCCAUCUUGUUUGGGGAUGGUGUUAAAAGGUUAAUCUUGCUAAAUCCCUUUGCAAUGCAUGCCGAGAAUUUUCAAGGUGAGGGAGACAACAUUCUCUGCAGUAUAAUGUUGAAAGUUGGAAGAGUGCCAGUGGGGGUCUUGUGGGGUAAUUUGUUGCAUUCACUCUUGAUGUCUCCCUGAGCUGUCUGAUACCAGUAAUCAUUCUGGUGAGUAAUGGUACCACUGAUGUUUUUGUCCAAAAGGCACUGUGAAAAAGAAUUCUUUCAAGACCAAA